CCGCCGCCGUCCGCGGCCAUUAAACUCGCUCCUGACGUGGCGGCGGCGCUGACUCGGAGCGGCGAGGUGUCCACGCGGCCGAGCGAGCGAAAUCCAGUGUGACAUUGAGGUUCCACAGCCCGAAGGAAGAUGCGCGCCCUCAUUCCAGAGCCCAAGCCUGGAGACCUGAUUGAGAUUUUCCGUCCCCUGUACAGACACUGGGCCAUCUACGUCGGUGAUGGAUAUGUGAUCCACUUGGCCCCCCCAAGUGAAGUCGCCGGGGCGGGUGCAGCAAGCAUCAUGUCGGCCCUGACUGACAAGGCCAUCGUGAAGAAGGAGCUGCUGUAUGACGUGGCUGGGAGGGACAAGUACCAGGUCAACAACAAACACGAUGACGAGUACCCGCCGCUGCCGCCCAGCAAGAUCCUCCAGCGGGCGGAGGAGCUGGUGGGGCAGGAGGUGCUGUACAAGCUCACCAGCGAGAACUGCGAGCACUUUGUGAACGAGCUGCGCUAUGGAGUGGCCCGCAGCGACCAGGUCAGAGACGCGGUCAGGGCGGUCGGCAUCGCGGGCGUGGGCUUGGCUGCCGUGGGCCUCAUCGGAGUCAUGCUCUCCAGAAACAAGCGACAGAAGCAAUAAGUUGAAAGGAACGGCCUGUCCGCAAUGACUGUCCACAGAGAGGGUCUUUUUUUUUUUCCUGGAGGGUUUGAGGUUUGCUUUGUGGGUUUCAUUCUAUUUUAUAAUAAGGCUUAUUUUUACAGAAUAAAAUAAAGCCCCAGUAAGGGAGGAUUUUAUGGGGUGAAAUGCAACAAGAACUGCGGUGUGUGGUCUGUUGAGGGCACAGCUGGGGUCCCUUUCCGGUGACACCAGCUUGUACCUUGGCCCUGCAGGCAUUUUCUCUCACCUUGGCGGGCUGCCUGCUUUACGUUGCUGGAAACAGAGUCCACCUCCCAGUUAUCGCAAGGAAUGGGCAGUCCCUUGAUUGUGGGCAUCAAGGAAGACAGACCUGACUGAUAAAAAGAGCCUCCAGGAGCAGAUGCCAGGCCCUUGUCCAGCGCCUGCCCUAGGGUGGCUGCUGUGGCUCAGCAGCUGGAGUCUGUGAUGUUGGCCACAAAUAAAAACCAAAGCAAACGAACCAGCCUGGUUUAAACCUUACCCGCCUCCU